AUGGAUGUGGAAUUUCAGGAUCGGGACCUGAGUCUGCAGGAAGUGCAACUCGAUUUCCACAGGUUGGUGUCGGUGCAAUGCACCUUACUUACAGUCCGACUCAGACGGGCUUGUAAUUUUCGCCGUGUGUAUCUGUGUGUGUGUUUAGUGGCGUGGAGAACGGCGUCCCUCUCUUGCCCGGCACCCUACCCACUCCACCCAUAUCCACGGUAAGGGUCAUAUAUAACACGCCAGUGCACCAUUCGGGCUGACGUUCCUGCACAAUCGCAGGUCGAAACUGUGAUCGACCAAUACCCAAAACACACGGUGUCCAUCAUGCCCUCCGUCAUCCUGCAGGUGCAAGUCAGCUUGGUCAUGCGUUUCUGGUCAUUCAGUGACAUUCACGUGUUUUUCGGUUGUUCUUGGCGUUUAUUGGCGUUUGGGUUGUCAGGAGCGUGUGAAGACAUCGCGAUGUGACGCAGGUACGCCAGCUGGGCUGCGAGGUCUCGAUGCGCUUCAUGAGGUGUGACGCAGGGCUCUCAUUUUCCCGCCAGCUAGAAUCCUAUCUCUCAUCGCAGUUCACAAAGCGCUGCACCACAGUGUAUUCGUGUACCUUUCCGUCCAUCGGUGACGGAGAGAGUAGCACCAAUUACGCAUGCACUGGAGAGCAGACCGAGACAUCGGAGUUCUAUGGGGUCAAGCCUCAGACUUUCUUGGUACGAUAAGAGCGGUAUGUGAUCAUGCAUUCAUGCUGAGCGGUGUGUAUGUGUCUGGGAAUUUAUGCAGGGGAACCUAGUGUACGCCGACUUCCUCCAUGUAUUUGAUUCGUCUAUCAUCAAGCGCGGAGCAGGCGACACGCGGUUGACGAGAAACUGGAUCGAUAUCAAGACCAGGUACGCACGCGGAGGCGUGCGAUCCAUGCACACCGGUCGAUGUGUGUGGUCCUUUAGACAGGUGUCCGUCAUCAUGUCAUUUUACACACCAACCUUACGAAUUGGCACACUAGUGACCAUUCGAUUCUCGCUUGAGCAAGAGCGCAUUGUGUCAACUUACUCCCUUGACAGUGUGCAUUCGGUAGACCACCCCUGCUACAUCGACCGCACAGGAAUGUCCUGUACAAAUCGGGCUGUGUCCGUGUCUGUCCUCGGUGUCUGACAGAUCCCGCAGCAGCUCCUCUUCCAUACCCUCAUCUGCGUCGUCUCCUUCCUUGUCCUGAUCAGGCUGGCCGCGGCUUUCUACAGGUAAGAAGUCUUACCAUGCUAGUCUGUCUGGAAAGAGAGCCGUCAGCAAUGCAGAUUGUUUCUGCGGAAAAGGAGUGCCGUCAAAAAGCGGAUAGGCAUCACUAGAUUUUGGUGUAUUGUCGACUUCCUCUUGGGCAUCGUCUUCAUGGUCGCUGUGGGCAGCAUGUUCAUGAGCCGAUUGUAAGUCACUUCCACAACGUAUACGUGCUUCGUUGGUUCACCUUCGGCCUGUCAUUCAGCUCAUUACAAGGCGAGGAGCUCUUCAACACCUAUUUUACGAAAAUCAUCAAGGUUAGCUGGAAAGUACAUCAAGGCAUGCGUCUCUGCUCUCUAAUUUGUGUACCGUGUUGGACAGAUACCCUGGACUUCCGAAGCCAUCGCUCCCGAAGAAAAGUUCCGGCAAUUCUUCGAGGCCUUACAAGAUAUCUGGCAGCUGACAAACAUCCUGCUUGUCUCCAAGACGAUCGUCGCCAUUCUCCUGUAAACAGGACAUUUUUCCACGCCUGUCUUUCCAAACAUCACGCUGUUUGAUUGUAUGUGUGUGUGUUUUAUACAGGUAUCUGUACUUCGCCAGGAUCUGUGUCUACAUGUGCGUCCGUCACGCACAUCUAUACCACGUCUCAUGCCUAUCUGGCUGCCUGCUGUACGUGCUCUUGUGUGUCUGUGUCUCAUUGAUGCAGGUCCGCUCACCCACGUGUUGCAGUACUAGUACGCACCUGUGUCCUGGCAUCCAACGACCUCUUCCACUUCCUCUUAACCUUCUUGAUGUGAGACGCCACGAACCAUGCUUUGUCUUCGGAAUACACAUGCGCACUUUGGUUUUCUUUAAAGGCUAUACAUCAUCCUAGCCUUCAUCGUAAGACGGGGCCACCGAUGCACAGAGGCCUUGCGUCCAUGGGCGCGUCUUCUGUCAGGGUUAUUUCCAAUUCGGGAUGCACUUCUUUACCUUCUCAAGCAUUGCUGAGAGCCUCAUGACGCAAUUCAAGGUUGGCUGAGUCUGUUUGGGAAACACUGCUGGAUGUAUGAGGCAAGAAUUGACUUUCACCUCCUUCGCAUCCAUCUCCUUGGUUUGGCAGAUGCUCGUCGGUUCCUGGCCUGCGGAGAUCACCAACUCAAAUGACUCAGCCUUGAUUGUCUAUUUCGUUAUAUUUGCGCUGGUCGUGGUGUUCAUUGUAAGCAACGAGACGGGCAGAUCAGCUCAGUGUGAAAUGCAGCACAGCAUUUGAAUAUCUAUGUCUGUAUGUGCCGUCUGCCAGCUCCUCAAUUUCUUCGUCGCCAUCAUUAUUGAGAAGUACGACAUGGCCAAAUAUCAGCUCGAGGUCCAGACACGCAUCAAAACGCCACAUGAGUGACACAGAUUAUCUAUCAUUGCCUGUGAUUCUUGUGCUAGGGGAUGGAAUGCGAGGUCAACAACAUCCUCGUCGACAGGUGCCCGGGGGGGUGAUGGGUUGAUGAAUGGCGGUUUAGAAGGAAUGUUGUUCAGCUUCGAUUUGAUCAUACAAUCGUUGGCCGCAACACGCAACCGUUGGCCGCCCAGACCCGAAGUCAUUGCGGAGCUAGAAGGUGAAUCAUCCUUUCUCCCUCACGCCAAGAGAGAGAGGUGUGGCUGCCGUGUGUCUCCAUGCGCAGACAUGGACAUUGAUGGCGACACGGUAAUUACUGCGACUGGAAGGACUACACGUGCUUCAAGGACAGGUGUCAUACACAGACACACACACACACCACAGACACACAUGCGCACACAUGACAUGCGGUGUCUCUGUUAACUACUUCGCACAGGACGGAGCGAUGCGUUCGGUCUCUGUACAGUUACUACGCAUGGUACUCCGACGACCGCUUGAGCGAAGCCAUGGAAUGGGUGCAUACGUAUGUGCGUGUCUGCAUUCAGGCGGUACACGUCGCUGCAUGCAGACUUUGCGAGUGGUGUUCCGGGCAUGCUGCCCUCCAAGCUCCAAUCUGCUGCUGCUAGGGUGA